CGGCGGUCAAACCCCUAAUCGGAUCCGAACCCGGAUAUGCUUACCUAAACAACUGUACUCGUUUUUUUUAAAAACCCGACCCAGUCGGCAGGCGCCGGCGCCGGCAAAAGGCUGCUGAAGUUUAAAGGCGCAUGAAAAAGAGAGAGAAAGAGAAAAGGGAUAUUUUUUUUUGGGGUUUUCUUGAGAGAGAAAGAGUGAGACGAGAGAGAUUUGUGUGUGAUUUCUCUCUCUACAAGCAUCCAUUGUCAUCAUCACUCGCUGCUUCUGCUAAUGCAUUCAGUAUUUUCGCCAUUUUUUCAAUCUAUCCCCACCUAAAACCCCAGAAUUGUUGACUUAUUUCUUGCACUCGAGAAAUCCCCUCUUUCCGAACUGGACCAAAAUUGGAGAUACGUUCGUUCACACACGUGCUUGUGUGUUGUUGUUAUUGAGUGACAUGGAAACUGUUUGAGUGAAGAAACAAACAAAUCCGGGACUGAUUCUGAUGAUUCGUUUCUGUGCCAAGCAACGUCUGCCUAUCUAUGUGUUUAUCAAAAAAUGCGCGCACUGAGAAUCCCUAGAUUCCCAGCGUUGCAGCCGCCUCUAGCUUUCUGAUUCCUGGGAUUCGGAAAAUCGAGGCUGAUUUUGUGGCGAAGUUCAAUGAAGUUGCAGCAGCAAUGGUGGAUCGGUGGAGCCGGAUAGUUGCUAUAUGCGUGCCGUUAUUUUUCUUUCUCUUUGGUCGUACAUUAGAGCAGCAAUUGUUGGCAUCCUGGGACGAGAGAUUAGCAUUGCUUCAAUUGAGAUCUUCGUUAGGGCUGAGAGCGAAAGAGUGGCCCAUAAAAGCGGACCCGUGCACAGAAUGGAUGGGUGUACAUUGUUCUACUGAUGGUAGAAUUACAGGGAUCAACAUUUCCGGGUUUAGGAGGACCAGGAAGGGAACGCAAAACCCUCAGUUUUCAGUGGAUGCCCUAAGAAACCUCACCCUUUUAACUUCAUUCAAUGCCUCCAAUUUCCAGUUGCUGGGGUCAAUCCCGCAGUGGUUUGGGUUGCAGCUUGCUUCAUUGCGGGUGCUUGAUCUUAGGUCUUGUUCGAUCGAUGGGGUUAUUCCGUCAACUCUUGGCAAUUCUAGUAGCUUAGUUGAAUUGUAUUUGUCCGGUAACAACCUCACGGGUGAAGUACCGUCUAGUUUAGGUCAGAUAUUGGGGCUUUCUGUGCUUGAUCUCUCGCAGAAUAGGCUUACAGGGAGUAUUCCAUCUACAUUUGCAUCUCUGGGGAACCUUACUAAGCUGGAUAUGUCGUUAAAUCUUUUUGGGGGAUCAAUUCCUUCCGGAAUUGGGUCUUUGUCUAGGUUGAGGUUCUUGAAUCUUUCAGGGAACAGUUUCUCUUCUAUGCCUGACCAGCUUGGUGAUCUGUCUAAUCUGGUUGAGCUUGAUAUUGGCUUUAAUGCUCUGUCGGGGUCUGUGCCUCCUGGUUUUAGGGGGUUGAGAAGCUUGCAGCGGAUGGUACUUGGAAACAAUUUACUUUCAGGACGGUUGCCUGCUGAUCUUUUUACUCCAUUGACUCAGUUGCAGUUUGUGAUUUUGAGGCAUAAUGAUUUUCGUGGUGAUUUUCCUAGGGCGUUGUGGUUGAUUCCCUCGUUGCGGCUUCUUGAUGCGUCAUUUAAUAAUUUUACUGGUGAGCUGCCAAAUGUCACUUCAAUAGCUAGUUCUACUGCUGCAGUAGCAGUAGCUAACAUAUCACACAAUUUGCUCUAUGGAGAGCUUACACCUGUGAUUGGGAGGUUUGGCGUUAUCGAUUUGUCAGGCAAUUAUUUCCAGGGCCCAGUUCCAGGUUAUGCACGUGGCGAUGUAACUGUUCGAGGGAACUGCCUCCAACACGCGACUGGGCAAAGGAGUGUGACCGAUUGUGCCUCAUUCUACGCAGACAGGAAUAUGGUAUUCGAUAACUUUGGAAGGAAUAAUGGCACACAACCUUCUCCAAGAUCUAACAAGAAGAGUACCAGGAUUAUUAUCAUUUUAGCUUCAGUCCUGGGAGCUCUUGUGCUGAUUGUGCUUCUGGUACUAAUCAUUGUAGUGCUGAUCGCAUGCAAGCGCCGCAGAAGGGGCACAACAGCAAACCAAGUAACGGGAGGCGUGGAGCCCACUCCAGCUGCUGCAACUCCUCGGAAUACUGCAGUUCCGUUGAACCUCUCAGCUCUUGGAGAUGCAUUUACGUAUCAGCAGAUUCUUCAAGCGACAAGUGAAUUCAGUGAUCCAAAUUUAAUCAAGAUUGGCCAUUCUGGCCAUCUCUAUUAUGGAAAACUUGAAGGUGGAAUCCCAGUAGUAAUUAAAAAGAUAGAUUUGAAUUCAGCAGCAAGAAAGGAAAGCUACAUGUCAGAGUUGGAUCUUUAUGGCAAAAUUUCCAAUCCUAGAUUGGUCCCCUUAUUGGGCCAUUGCCUGGAAAAUGAGAAUGAGAAGUUUCUUGUCUACAAGCACAUGCCAAAUGGAGAUUUGUCCAGUUCUUUGUUCAAGAAAUCAAAUUCAGACAAUGAUAGUUUACAGUCACUGGAUUGGAUAACUAGACUUAAAAUUGCUACUGGAGCUGCCGAGGUUCUGUCUUACUUGCAUCACGAAUGUACCCCCCCACUUGUUCACAGGGAUGUCCAAGCCAGCAGCAUACUCCUUGAUGAUAAAUAUGAAGUUAGGUUGGGAAGCCUCAGUGAGGUUUGUCCUCAAGAAAGUGAAACUCAUCAAAGCAGGAUCUCAAGGUUGCUCCGCUUGCCCCAGUCAUCCGAUCAAGCUGCAUCAGGUACGCCUACAGCAACGUGUGCUUAUGAUGUAUACUGCUUUGGGAAGGUAUUGCUCGAGCUGGUAACUGGUAAGCUCGGAAUCAGUUCAAGCCCAGAUGGGGCAAUGAAGGAAUGGUUGGAUGCAACAUUACCUAACAUUAGUAUAUAUGACAAGGACCUUGUGACAAACAUCAUAGAUCCUUCACUUAUCAUUGAUGAGGAUCUGCUGGAGGAAGUCUGGGCCAUGGCAAUUGUGGCCCGGUCAUGCCUCAACCCGCGGCCCGGUCGGAGGCCAUUGAUGCGCUACAUUCUUAAAGCAUUAGAAAACCCUCUUAAGGUGGUAAGAGAAGAACAGCCGAGCUCUGCACGCCUCCGAACCACAUCCUCAAGAGGAUCAUGGAAUGCUGCCCUUUUCGGAAGCUGGCGGCACAGCUCGUCGGAUGUUGCUGGCACUUCUCAUAAAGUGGAGGGUGGCGGAAGUUUCAAGCAGAUUGGGGUGACGACAGGGUCCCAAGGAAGUGGCGGGGGACAUAAUGGGGAUGGCCAUGGAAACGGAAACAGUAACAAUGGGAACUCAUCGUCGGCCAGACGCCAUUCCAAGGAAAUCUUCCCGGAGCCUGUAGAAGAUGAGGACAUAGAAGGAGGGCGUGGGCGGGGGCGGGCCAACUGACUGAUCUGAUCUGAUCUGAUCUGAUGAUGACAUAGACAGAGAGAGACAGAGACAAGUAAGGUACAAAAAGGAUAAGAAAGAAAUUCGUUCUUGAUUCGAUUCUUUGGUAAUAACAUGGCAGAUAUUGAUAUUGAUUAUUGAUUUUGAAUUUGGUUUGGUGGUUUCUUUGUUGGGAGGGAGGGAGGGGAGAUUUGUUGCUGCCUGCUACAUGUAUAUUAAGUAUUAUUAUUCAUUUUUCUUUGGUGGAUUAGAUGGAGAUGUUUUAGAUGGAAAAAUUUGGGAAAAGCCGAAAUUGAAAUUGGAGUUUGAUGAUGACGAUGAUUACUGGUUGUGAGGUUUCUGGGAAAACCAUUAGAUUCAUUCACCAAUCACCAUCCUUUGUUUUGUUUGUUCAAUUAUUCUUAUUAUUACUUGGGGUGUUGGUUGGAAUUGGAUUUAUUUAUCAACGAUGCACUGACUUGACUAAUUUGUUUGGUCAGAUGAUUGAUGAUUUUGUUUUGUGUAAUGCGUGCC